AUGCGGACACUGGAUGUUAUAAGUAAUACCGAACUGUUAGAAAACGGUGUAAAAUGUAGUGAACAAAUUUUGCACCAUUGGCGCAAUACACAUUCAUUAGAUAAGGAAGUUGCAGCUAAUUUUAUAAACAUCAAUGAUAAUGAUUUCAUGACUAGUUCCCUGAAUAGAUUAAAUUUUGGUUACCAGUUUCACGAAAAAAUCAAAUACUUUUAUAGUAAUUCAGAUACCAAGCAAUAUCCGGCUAUUUUGAAAACUAUACAAACUGCUACAGUAGAUAAAUCAAGUGCUGCUCAUGAGCCCCACAGUAAUUUGGUAUAUUCUGGCGCUCGCCAGCACACGUUUUUGAUAACGGAUUUAUUAGUUCAUCAUGCUCAAGGAUUUAGUAAAUUUUUCAAUUCGCAACGUGAAUGUAAAAUAUGGUGGAUGCGAGUUAGUUCGGAUCCUAGUAAAUACUUCUUAGAACCAUAUCAUUUUGAGGACACACCGAAUACCACGCUACCUACAGGCACACAAUCCGUAACCAUUAAAACAAAAUUACCAUAUUUCACGUUCGAUGUCGAAAGUAUUACCCUUGUAGCCUUGGCUGGAGCUGGCUUGAAUCAGACUGCGUUUCAGCUUUUGUCCAAUGAUAAAGGUGACCAAAAUAUGCCGGCUGUUAUACGUUCAGUUAUUGAUUUGAACGCUGCAACAGGUGCUAUUCUCUUUGAUAGUGCUGAUAAUGAUCGCGUUAAUACUCUGUUACUCGAUAGAAAGCUGACUCCAGUUCAAUGCGCCGUGGCCUUUCCUUUCAAAUAGCCAAAAUGCGUAACAAGUUAUCUUUCCAAUAAGUUUUCACUUCCACAAGUAUGCUGAAUGCUGCACUUCU